AAAUACAUACGCAAUGUGCAUGCAAAAUGUAAAUAUCUUUCUGCAUUGUUUAAAAAAAAAAAUAAUAAAAUAGAUCAUAAAGAUGAUACACAAGAAAAUAUAAUAACAAUAAUAUAUAUCUAACGUGCAUGAGAGAUUCUGCUUUCAUUAUAACGUUUCGUUUAUCUUCGUUCCUCUUAUUAUUAUUUUAUUAUUAUUUUAUUAUUGUUGUUAUUUAAAAUACACAAUUUUCCUGCAGCCUAGUGGGAGAACACGUUGGACACACUCUAAAUAAUAAUAAAUAAAGUAAAAAAAAAAAACACCAGCAACUAGAUUAUUUAAGUGACGAAAAUAAAAAAGUUAAAAUUAAAAAAAAAAAAGGAAAAAAACAUUGAGGAAAUAAUUUAUAAACACACUAUUUCAAUGGAAAAAAAAAAAAGUUUUUAAAUGGUGGACAGUUAUGAGAUACAUGAUGUGAAAAUUGCAUUAUUUAUCAGCCGGCAAGAAAAAUAUUAUAAAUGUUAUUAAUUUAUUUAAAUGUAAAUUUUAUUUUGCUAAUUUAGUGAAUAUUAUUAUUUCAAAAAAAAGACCAUUUAAAAAACAAAAAAAAAGAAUUUUUCUUCAAAAAUUUUACUCCUUUUUUUUGGAGUAAUUAUUAUCAAUAUUUUGUUAAUUAAUUAAUUUUUUUUCGACGAUUUAAUUGUCAAUUAAUCGAAAUUCGAAAAAAAAAAAAAAAAGUGCAGUUAAAUAAUUACUUUACGAGAGACAAAAAUAAAAUAAAAGUGAAUUGUUUUGAUGGAUAAUAAUCGUAUAAAUAUUUUGACAAAUCCAUGAUUUUUUUUUUUUAUUUGUGGCAUCGUGGUGGAUUUACAUAAAUAAAAAUAAAUCUUAAAAAAAAAAACCCUCUGCCCACACGUCGAGCGCUCUCUCCUUCUCUUUCUCUAAUAAAUAUUUUUUUUUAUUUAUUUUUAUCUCGCUCUCAAUUUAACUCUGUCUUCCUCAGUGUGUACCACAUCGUGACGUUUUUUUAUUAUUUUUUUUUUAUUUAUUUAUUUUUAUCCCUCUCUCUCUCUCUCUCUUUUGGUAUCUCUCUUGUUUGGAUGCAGUGCAAAAUGGCAUUUUACCAGGGUGAAAAAUAAAGAAAAAAAAAAAAGAUUUUAAAUAAAAAAAAAAAAAAAAAAAAAAUUAAGAAAAUAAAAAAUCCAAAAGCUCAGUGAAAGAACGCAGCGUGUGGGUGUUGUGAUUCUCCAUGUGUGUGUAUGUUUAUUUGUCACUGUGUUAGUGUGUAUUUUAAUAUUGUCAAUGAUUAUUAUAAAUUUUUGAUAAAAAAAAAUAAAUAAUGUACCCAAGUAUAUGUAAAUUAAAGUAACAAAAAAUUAUUUAUUAUAUUUUAAAAUUUACAAAAUUAAAGGAUUGUUUUUUUUUGAAAAAAAAUAAAAAUAUGUUGAGAUAUAAAGUUCGCCACGAAUCAGGUGCCCGAUGCCAAAUGCCAACGGCAGGACGUCGGCACUCAGCCGCGUGACCCGAUGAGGAGGAAGAAAAAGAGUUAAUUUUUUUUUCAUUAAAAUUAAAUAUAAUAUAAUUAACAAUAUUAAUAGUUACUUGUUUUUUUAUUUUAUUAUAUUUUUUUAUGAUAAAAUUGUUGCAUUUGAUUCAUCAACAUCAUCAACAACAUUAUCAUUUUUAUCAUACUGCCAAUACACACACACACACAUACUUAUUGUGAUUAAGUAUAUAUAUCAAUUGACAAAUGACAUCUUGUCAACAAAGCAUUGAUUAUAAUUUAUAUUAAAAAAAUAAAUGUGAUUUAAAAAAAAGAGUAAAAAAAAAAAAAGAAGAUAUUGUGAUUUGGUGAUUGACAAGACAAAAAAUAAUAAUAUUAUUAUUAGAUAAUAAUAAAUGAGUGAUAGCUGAUGAAUAUUUAAAUUUAUCAAGACAUAAAUUUAAAUAAAAUAAAAAAAAAGUUAUGUUGUUUAUUUGAUGUUAAUUAAAAAAUAAAAGUUGAGAUGUUAGGUUAAACAUUGAAUAAUGGAUCGUAGUAGGAUAUCAUCAGUAUGCGAGAAAAAUCAUCAGAAUGUACAACAACUCACGUAAAUUACGUGAGGAGCACGAGUGAGAUGUGCUCGCGUGAUCCUCCAGCUCUUCAUCCUUCUCUUGCCAAGGCCAAUGGUAAAAAUUCAAGUCCCCAGGCAAGUCCAAAGGCAGAGACUAAAAUUGAUAGUGGUUUAUUACCAACACCUGGUGGUAGACUUAAAUUUUUUAAAGAUGGUAAAUUUAUACUUGAAUUAUCACAUCGUAAAGAUGGUGAAAGAACAACAUGGUUUCCAGUACCUAAAAAAACAUUUUGGCCACCAGCAAGUACAACACCCAAUAGACAAGAAAGUUCAACAUCAUUAAGUGUAUCUGAUGAUAAUUCAUCAAUACAAUCAAGUCCAUGGCAACGUGAUCAUUGCUGGAAACAAACACAUCCAAGAAGAUGUUUAACGACUGAAUAUAAUUUUUAUUAUCGUCGUGAUCCACGUAAUCGUUUAAGUGUAUCACCACGUAAAUUAUUACGUAAACGUAGAAGACCAUUGGAUACAACAAUAAUAUUACAACAACAACAACAAAUAAAUUCAGAUACAAAUAAAUAUAAUAAUCGUACAACAAAUAAUAAAUUAAAUAAUAAUCAUAAUAAUUAUCAACAAUCAACUGUAAUAGGUAGAACAUUGACACUUAUUAUUGAUAAAUUAUCACGUUUAGAUCCAAAUGUUGUAUCACCACGUAAACGUAUAUUACGUGAACUUGAAAAAGUUACAUUAGAAGAUCAAGCAUCUAAAAGACGUGCAACACCACAACCACAACAACAACAACAACAACAACAACAACAACAACAUCAUCAUCAACAACAUCAACAUCAACAAGUAACAUUAUUAUCAUCAUCAUCAUCAUCACCAUCGUCAACAAUAACAACAACAACAACAACAUCAUCAUCAAUGACAUUUAAUAAAAAUUCAACAAUACAAUCACCAAAACAAUUAUCAUCAUACAGUAUAACAAGUAUUUUGGGUGAAGAUAAACCAAAUCAAGAACAAGGAUUUUUACGUAAUUUAUUAAAAUUAGAUGAUGGUGUUAAUAGUGGUGUUAAAUAUACAACAAAUCAUGGUUAUACACGUACUCGUAAUAUUGAUCCAUUUUUAACAACACCAGCUACAUCAAUACAUCAUCAAUUAUAUGGUGUACCAAUGCUACCACCAAGUGGACCAUUUAGAUCAACUGGACAUUGGAUGCAUUAUCCAUCACCAGUACAUUAUCCACCACCAUUGCCAAUUUAUCCACCACAACCACCACCUCAUCCAUCGUCAUCACCAGUUCAUCAUUAUAAAGAUUAUAGAGAACAAACUCUAACACCACCAUCAGAUAUGCCGUUAAAUUUAUCAAAACAUGCGGGUUGAAAAUAUCAAUAUGAUGGAAAAAUAAAAAUAUAUAUUUUACAAAUUAAUAUGAAAGAGAUGUGGUGCCUUAGCGAGAAUAAAUUCCAAAUGACACUGCCGAUGAAAUAUAACAAUAUAUUAUUGUUUUUUAAAAAUAUAUUGACUUGUGGAUAGAUCGAAAUAAUAAUCAUUAACAAUUGUGACAAAUAUUUUUUUUUAAACAUUUAUUAUUCAAUCAAUCAAAUGAAAUUAAAUAAUAAUUGAUUUUGUAUAUAUAUAUGAUAAUUUUAAUAAUUUUAACGGUGAUGAUGGUGAUCCCUCUUAACUAUAUUUCAAAUAUUUACAAAGAAAAUAAUUUUUUUUUAAUCAAAAUAAUGCGAUAUAUAUAUAUUUAAAUAUUUUUCGCGGAUAUAGUAUUUUUUUUAACAAAAAAUAAUAAUAAAAAAACGUUGGAGGUAAAGUGCAAUGUAAACUCGAUGAAAAAAAUGAAAAUGAAAUUACAAAUAAAACUGAUUCCAAUGUUUUUUUUUCUUUUUUUUUUUAAAAUCAUUUUGUCUGCCAAACAACGUCCAUUAGAUGAUAAAAAAAAAAAAAAAA